AUGCUGGUGGGAACCCUGCAUGGCCUCCUGCUCCUCUGCCUGGUUGAGGAGGGCAUGAGCAAAGUCAGAAGAUACUACAUUGGCGCCGUGGAGACCUCCUGGGACUACAUGCACAGCGACCUGCUCCCCGUGCUGCAAGUGCCCGCAAGCACAUCAGGGCACCCGGGCCCGCGGCCUCCCAUGCCUGGUGUCCUUCCCCAGUACAGGAAAGCCGUGUUUGUGGAGUACCCCGAUGCCUCGUUCACGCAGCCCAAGCCCAAGCCAGCAUGGAUGGGUCUCCUGGGCCCCACCAUCCGAGCAGAAGUCUAUGACACGGUGGUCAUCACGUUUAAGAACCUGGCCUCCCGCCCGUACAACCUCCACGCCGUCGGGGUGUCCUACUGGAAGGUGUCGGAGGGUGCAGGGUAUGAGGAUGAGACCAGCCAGCCAGAGAAAGAGGGUGACAGGGUGGAUCCAGGGAAGACACACACGUACAUCUGGGAAAUCCAGCAAAACCAGGGCCCGACGGAUGGCGACUCACCAUGCCUGACCCACUCCUACUCCUCCAACACCGACAGCGUAAAGGACAUCAACUCGGGUUUGAUCGGAGCCCUGCUCGUGUGCCGACCUGGUACCUUGGUGAGUGAUGUGAUCGAGGACACACAGCAAGAGUUCGUGAUGCUCUUUGGGGUGUUUGAUGAAGGGAAAAGCUGGUACUCUGAGCCCGGCACCCCGGCAGCUCCUCAGCCCUUCCCUCACAACAGGACGGAGCUGCACACCAUCAACGGCUACAUCAAUGGCUCACUGCCCGGUCUCACACUGUGCCUCAAGAAGCAGGUCCGUUGGCAUGUGAUCGGGUUGGGCACUGGACCAGAAGUCCACUCCAUCUUCUUUGAAGCCCACACAUUCCUGGUGAGAAGCCACCGUCUCAGCAGCCUAGAAAUCUCCCCUGCCACGUACCUCACAGCCCACACCAUACCAGGAACAGCUGGCUGGUUUCGGAUGUUCUGCCAGAUACUGUCCCACGAGCAAGCUGGCAUGGAGGCCAUUGUGAAGGUGGAGGAGUGUCUGGAGGAGCGCCUGCAGAAAAUGGGGAAGCUGUCAGAUGAGUCAGAGGACAUGGAUUACCCUGAAGAAGAUGAGGAAACUUAUCAUGUGAUCCAAGUGCGCUCUUUUGCCAAAGAUAAGCCUGUUACCUGGACUCACUACAUCGCGGCUGAGGAAAUGGACUGGGACUAUGCUCCCAUGAAGCCAGAGUCUCUGGACAGAAACCUCACGAGCCUGUACCUGGAGGCUGGCCCGCAGCGGAUUGGUUCCAAGUAUAAGAAAGUGAUGUUUGUGGAGUACGAGGAUGCAACCUUCAAGAAGCGCAAGGUGUCAGAUCAACCGGACAAGGGAAUUCUGGGACCUGUCAUUAAGGGGGAGGUUGGAGAUCAGUUUAAGAUCAUGUUCAAGAACCUGGCAAGCCGACCGUACAACAUCUACCCUCACGGCCUCACCAGUGUAAGGCCAUACCAUGCCACGAGGCUCUCUCAAGAUAAGGAUGUGAAGAACAUUGCUGUCGCCCCUGGCCAGUCGUUCACCUACAGCUGGAGGAUCACCACAGAGGAUGGGCCGACACAGGCGGAUCCUCGCUGCCUCACCCGUUUCUACUACAGCUCCAUCGACCCCGUCCGAGACACGGCCUCAGGCCUGAUUGGGCCCCUCCUGAUCUGCUUUAAGAAGUCCAUGGAUCAGAGGGGAAAUCAGAUAAUGUCAGACAAGACGAGGUUGGUGCUGUUUUCGGUCUUUGAUGAGAACCGCAGCUGGUAUCUGGAGGAGAACAUCAGACGGUUCUGCACUGACGCAGCCCAUGUGGACCCCCAGGACCCCCAGUUUUAUGCCUCCAACGUGAUGCACACUAUUAACGGCUUUGUGUUUGACAACCUCCAACCAAAACUCUGCCUGAAUGACGUUGUGUACUGGUAUGUCCUGAGUGUUGGGGCCCAAACAGAUUUCCUCUCCAUCUUCUUCUCUGGAAACACAUUCAAGCGCAACAUGGUCUUUGAGGAUGUGCUCACCCUUUUCCCGUUUUCUGGAGAAACGGUCUUCAUGAGUUUGGAAAAGCCGGGCAUCUGGACGCUGGGGUGCCUGAAUCCUAAUUUCAGAGACCGAGGGAUGCAUGCCAAAUUCACAGUCUUGCAGUGCCAGCAGGAGCAAUACCCUGAUGGGGAAGAUUAUGUGGAUUUCGACGAGGAGGAGGGAGACUUUGACUUCCAACCCAGGGGCUUCUCUAAAAGAAAGAGAUGGCGCAGGCCAUGUGUGAAUGAGCAACUGAACAAUGUCACCUCUUCCAGAAAUGAGACAGAGAAGCCAAGACUGUGCUUGACAGAACCCAGCCAUGGGGCCAUCCUGGGCAAUGGUGGCAGGAUUUCUGAUUCCCCUUCCAACGGCACACCAAGAUUUCUAGGAACAAUCCCAAAUCCACCUGAUAUUUCCAUGUCUUCUCUGCCAGAGACAAACCAUGAGCCAGAGUCCUAUGAAUCCCUCCUGGAUGAUGAAGAAUUGUCAAACAUCAUCAGGCAGGAGGAAGGGUUUGGAGCUCUCCCACCUGGAGAGCACUUGGCAAAUGUCAGUGGAAGGGUCCAUGGUACCGUGAGCUCAGAAGAAGGUCGGCAGUGGCUGCACCAGGCCAUGCCAGCUUCAGAAGAUACUCAAGCAGUAAAGAAGGAGACAAAAAUCACAGAGGUUCAGGAGCCAAUAAAAAUGAUGUGGGUCCAGUCUGGUGGUACAUUAGAGAUCCUGGAAGCAGAGCCUCAAGACGCAACUACUCAUGCAACAAACUUGUGGGACUCAAUUGCUCAUGCGGCUAGCAAAGCUUUUCUUCAAGAGAACGGGAGCUCAUUUCACCAGAAUGACCUGGAGCACAAUCUGGGACUUCAAGACACAUCCUCCCAGGGUGCUGAGGACAAGCGGCUAAGAGAGGCUGAUAAAAUAUCCUUGAAUCUAUAUGAGUCAAAGGAGACAAUCAAUACAAAACCAACUUUAGGUACUGAUCAGAACUCUUCCUCCACACUGGACAGUCCUUCAGACAAGAAAGAAGACAACAGUACUUCUCAAGCUGUGGUUCCCAGUCACACCACAGAAAGCAAUUAUUUAACAAAUGAGCUAGAUGCUAGGCUGGAAAAAAGACUUCACAAAGUUGUUUCACAAGUCUUUUAUGAAUCUUCUGAAGGGAAAAAUGUUUCUUUGUCAGACUUGGGUCCCAGCAAACCUGUACAAGAACAAAUCCUCACGGAUGAAAGUAACUCUUUGCCUGCAAAAAGUGGCACAGAACAAGAAGCCACUGAACUUGCCAAAGGCACAAGCCUUCUAGAAAACACCUUUGUACACACCGGUGACCUUGAGCCUUCCAGCUAUAUAAUGACAGAAGAGAGGGAUGAAUUAAUCUUGGGGGAAGUGUUUCAGGACACUACAACCACUAAGGAAUUGCCAGAGAUGGACAGUCUUGCCUUUUCUAAAUCAAGCAUCAUGGAAAAUGGCACACGGCAGUUCCCAAAUGCUUUCUUGAACAGCCUUGAGCAGUUUCUGAGGCACAGAACUCCAGCACCAAGCAUGAGUGGCCCUGACUGGAGGCCUCGACAAGCCAGGUCACUGGAAAGCAGAGAUUUGAUGCACAGCCUGGGUCUUCCCACCACCAGUUGGCCUGGCAGCAGAGCGCCCCUCUCUGAGGGUAACAGAGCAGAGCAGGAUCUGGCCAGCCAGACCCCUGAGACAGCAGUGAAUAAGAAAGCCCCAAAGGCUGAGGUGGCGAUGGCAGCACACAGCUCCGAAGUGCAGGAAGCUGCUUCGGCUGCAGACCUGGCCUCAAACUGGGACCUGGUCUCUCCAGGGGCAGUGGGACAUGCUGGGGGCUUGCAAAGCCCAGCUUUGGCUAGCUGGGGAGCUCCUGGGAGUGAGCAAGCUCAGGGGAGAAGCCAGAUGGAGGAGGAGACAAACUCUGUGGAGCACCUGAGUCAGUUCAGCCCUCAGCAGCUCACGGCCAAUGCCACGAAGGACCAUGUGCCUGAGAGCACGUCUGGGCAAAGUCCAGGAGACAUCCCUAUGAAACCAGCCUCCAAAGAGAACUAUUCCCUGUCUCCAAGCAGCCUCACUCCCAACAACUCCACUACCAAAAACCCAGCCAGUCCAGAUGGAUGGCAGAUGCUUGGUGGCGAAGAUGUCCUCAGAGAAAUCGGGAAGAGACAGGGCCAGGGCCUAGGGGAUCCCAAGGAGGAUAGGGAAAGCAACAGCACAGCUGGGAAGAGGAACGAUGCCCCGGGACAUAGGGAGAGGCUGGCUCCAAACAAUGGGACCCAUUCCAGUCCCUCCAGGCCAAAGGCUGACAAACUGGACUACGACGAGUAUGGCGACACAGAGCAGACCAUGGAGGAUUUUGACAUUUAUGGGGAAGAGGAGCAUGACCCACGCUCCUUCCAGGGGGAGGUGCGGCAAUACUUCAUUGCAGCAGUGGAGGUGAUGUGGGAAUAUGGGAACCAGAGACCCCAGCACUUCCUAAAAGCCACGGACCACUGGAGCGGCAGGAGGAAGCAUUUCCAGCAGUACCGCAAGGUGGUUUUCCGAGAGUACAUGGACGAAUCCUUCACGCAGCCACUGCUAAGGGGAGAGCUGGACGAACACUUGGGCAUCCUCGGGCCAUACAUCAGGGCAGAAGUUGAAGAUGUCAUCAUGGUUACAUUCAAGAACCUGGCCUCACGGCCCUUCUCCUUCCACUCCACACUGCAAGCCUACGAGGAGAUGCAGGGCGCAACAGCGGGUGGGGAGGUGGUGCAGCCCGGUGAGCUCCGGAAAUACUCCUGGAAAGUCCUGCCCCAGAUGGCACCCACCACGCAGGAGUUUGACUGCAAGGCCUGGGCUUACUUCUCCAACGUGGACCUGGAGAAGGACCUGCACUCGGGUCUCAUUGGACCACUGAUCAUAUGCCGCCGUGGGGUGCUGAGCUUCGUUUUCAGGCGGCAGCUGGCUGUGCAGGAGUUCUCCCUGCUCUUCACCAUCUUUGACGAGACCAAAAGCUGGUACUUCCUGGAGAACAUGGAGAGGAACUGCCGCCCUCCCUGCCGCGUCCAGCAGGACAGCCCUGAGUUUAAGAGAAACCUUUCCUUCCAUGCCAUCAAUGGCUACGUGAGUGACACACUGCCCGGGCUGGUGAUGGCUCAGCAACAGCGGGUCCGGUGGCACCUCCUGAACAUGGGCAGCACUGAGGAUAUCCACUCCGUCCACUUUCACGGGCAGCUGUUCAGCGUCAGGACCAGCCAGGAGUAUCGCAUGGGAGUCUACAACCUUUAUCCUGGUGUCUUCGGGACGGUGGAGAUGUGGCCCUCACAUGCCGGGAUCUGGCGGGUAGAGUGCAAAGUGGGAGAGCACCAGCAAGCCGGGAUGAGUGCUCUCUUCCUCGUGUAUAACCUGAACUGCCGAAACAACCUCGGCCUGUCCUCGGGCCACAUUGCAGACUCUCAGAUCACAGCGUCGGGGCAGUACGGGCAGUGGGCUCCUCACCUGGCCAGACUGGAUAACACUGGCUCCAUCAAUGCUUGGAGCACCGACCGCAGCAAUGCCUGGAUCCAGGUGGAUCUUUUGCAUCUCAUGAUUAUUCACGGCAUAAAAACCCAAGGGGCCCGACAGAAGUUCUCCAGCCUUUACAUCUCCCAGUUUGUUGUUUUCUACAGCCUUGAUGGGCACAGGUGGAGGAAAUACAAGGGGAAUGCCACCAGCACCCAGAUGCUGUUCUUCGCAAAUGUGGAUGCAACCGGAGUGAAAGAAAAUCGCUUCAACCCUCCAAUCAUAGCCCGGUACAUCCGCAUUAAUCCCACUCACUACAGCAUCCGGACCACGCUGCGCAUGGAGCUCAUCGGCUGCGAUCUGAACAGCUGCUCCAUGCCCCUAGGAAUGGAGAACAGAGGGAUUCCUGACCAGCGCAUCUCUGCAUCCUCCUACAGCAACAGCGUCUUCUCCAGCUGGUCGCCCUCCCGGGCCCGCCUGAACCUGCAGGGAAGGACCAACGCCUGGAGGCCAAGGAGCAACAGCCCCGGCGAGUGGUUGCAAGUGGACUUUGAAGUAACCAAGAAGGUGACUGCAAUCAUAACCCAAGGUGCCAAAGCUGUCUUCAACCACAUGUUUGUGAAGGAGUUUACUGUCUCCAGCAGCAAGGACGGUGUGCACUGGAGCCCAGUCCUGCAGGAGGGCAAGGAGAAGAUUUUCAAGGCAAACCAAGACCACACCAGCACGGUGUUGAACACCCUGGAGCCCCCCCUCUUUGCCCGCUAUGUGAGGAUACAUCCCUGCCAAUGGCACAACCACAUCGCCCUGCGGAUAGAGUUCCUUGGCUGUGACACUCAGCAGGAGUACUGA